AUGUCAAAUAUUGGAUUAAAUAAUGCUGGCAAACGAAAUAAAGAAGAUAAAGAAUAUAUAGAAAAUAAUGAUAUUAGUUUAGAUAUGGAUGAUAUUCAUUCACCAACAGACUUAAACUCAAUCAUUAAAACAUCAACAAAUAUUAAAGACCAGUUUCAAGAAUUAAAAGAUAAUUUUAGCUCUACAAUAUCAAAUAAUCAUACUAAAAGUGGUCACAGUUUUUUGGAUGAUGACGAAGACGAGGACGAAGACGAUGACCUCGACUUAGAGGACAUUGAAAAUGAUAGAAGUGGGGAAGAAAAAGAAGGAUAUGAAGAAAGUGAAGAGGAAGAAGAACAAGAAGAUAUUGACCACGAUUUAAAAGUUAUUUAUAAGUUAAGAAUUCUUUUAAAUGAAUGUGAAAAAUUAUCCAAAAAGACCAAUAGUUUAAAAUUAAAAACAAGUAAAGAAAGUUCAAUUUAUCAAACCCAAUGCGAAUUAAUUGAUUCAAUUAAAAAGAAUAAAAUUUCAAAACAAAAAUUAAUAGAAGAAAGUCAAGGAAUAGAUUCAUCAACUAGUAUAUUAUAUUUAAAUAAACUAAAUGAAAAAUAA